UGAGCACAGAAAAGGAUGAUGUUUAGCUGUGGUUUUAUCACAUCAUUGAAUAGUGAUGAUUGCAGUGCUUGUUUGAGUACUUUUCAACGUUUUUUUUUUCUUUUGUCUGAUCAGGUGCUUCAGAAAUGUUGAUGGCCAAUGCAGUAUCGCAGCUUGCUGCUAAGACACCGGGGAAAGAAGCUGCAGCUAUGGAGGCCUUUGCAGCUGCCCUGAGACAGCUACCCACCAUCAUUGCAGAUAAUGCAGGUUACGACAGCGCUGAUUUGGUCGCUAAACUUCGAGCUGCUCAUACGGAAGGAAAGAAAACCUAUGGACUGGACAUGACUCACGGCCGUAUCGGAGACAUGGUUGAGAUGGGCGUGACCGAGUCGUACCAGGUCAAGAAACAAGUCCUAACAUCAGCGGCUGAGGCAGCGGAGAUGAUUGUAAGAGUCGAUAACAUCGUGAAGGCUGCUCCACGGCCCAGGCGAGAUGACCAUCCUCACCCAUAGAUAUCAAGAUGUAGCGGAAUGGAGUUUUCUGAAACUACAGCAUGCAGACUAAAUUAUAUCUCUUGUGCAGACAAAUUAUUUGCGUUGCAAUUCCGUUUGGCAGGGAAAACAAAGCAAAUUGGAGGCACAGAAAGUUCCCUUCACUCUGGUCUUUCGUAAAAAGAGCAGCUGUAGUAUUUCCGAAUCAUUACUCGGAGUGAGUCACAGCUGUAAAGACUGAGAGAGAACAUUUUUAUUAGACUAGUUUCCUUGUGUGAAAGGUUUGCACGAGCUUUGCAUUAUAAUCAACUCACUGCCGACCAGAAUGCUUCAUGGCUGUCACUUGAGAUGACAUCACGGAGUGUAGUCAAAAAAUAAAGCUCUAAUCAAAUCAA